CUCGGCGGCGCUGUUAAUGUUGGCGGGAGCCGGGCCGGGCGGGCUGCCUCUUCGGUGUUCUCUGCUCUUCGGCCCGGGCUGCAGGUGCUCGAGGGUGUUGCGGUGGAGUUCCGCGGCCCAACGUCACGAUGCGGGUGGCUGUGGCCGGCUGCUGUCACGGCGAGCUGGACAAGAUCUACGAGACUCUGGCGCUGGCGGAGAAGCGCGGCCCGGGACCGGUGGACCUGCUUCUGUGCUGCGGCGACUUCCAGGCGGUGCGCAACGAGGCCGACCUGCGCUGCAUGGCCGUGCCGCCCAAGUACCGCCACAUGCAGACCUUCUACAGGUAUUACUCUGGAGAGAAAAAGGCCCCGGUUCUCACCAUCUUCAUUGGGGGAAACCACGAAGCCUCAAACCAUUUGCAAGAGUUACCCUACGGCGGCUGGGUAGCGCCAAAUAUUUACUAUUUAGGUUUGGCUGGUGUUGUCAAAUACCGAGGAGUAAGGAUUGGUGGGAUCUCUGGCAUAUUUAAAUCUCAUGACUAUCGAAAAGGUCAUUUCGAGUGCCCUCCUUAUAAUUCAUCAACCAUAAGGAGUAUAUAUCAUGUGAGAAAUAUAGAGGUCUACAAAUUAAAACAGUUAAAGCAGCCGAUACAUAUAUUCUUAUCUCAUGAUUGGCCAAGAAAUAUAUAUCAUUACGGAAAUAAGAAGCAGCUUCUUAAGACCAAAUCUUUUUUCCGUCAAGAAGUGGAAAAUAGCACACUAGGGAGUCCCGCUGCCUCGGAGCUGCUGGAGCACCUGCAGCCUGCAUACUGGUUCUCGGCGCACCUUCAUGUGAAAUUUGCAGCCUUGAUGCAGCAUCAGGCCACAGAUAAAGAACAAACAGGCAAGGAAACCAAGUUUUUAGCUUUGGACAAGUGCUUGCCACACAGAGACUUCCUUCAGGUGUUAGAGAUAGACCACGACCCCAGUGCUCCUGAGUACUUAGAGUAUGAUGUUGAAUGGCUUACUAUUCUCAGGGCCACUGAUGACCUCAUCAAUGUGACUGGGGGCCUGUGGAAUAUGCCUGAAGACAACGGUCUACACACAAGGUGGGAUUAUAGUGCAACCGAAGAAGCUAUGAAAGAAGUAAUGGAAAAAUUGAACCACGACCCGAAAGUCCCCUGUAACUUCAGCAUGACUGCUGCAUGUUAUGACCCUAGUAAGCCGCAGACACAAGUGCAGCUGGUUCACCGGAUCAACCCGCAGACUACUGAGUUCUGUGCCCAGCUCGGCAUCACAGACAUCAACGUCAUGAUUCAGAAGGCCAAGGAGGAGCAUCAUGUGUGUGGUGAACAUGAACAGCAGGGUGAUCUGGGGACUGAUGGCUCGGAAGAGGAUCGGAGUGAAUACAACACGGACACAUCUGCCCUCUCCUCCAUUAAUCCAGAUGAAAUAAUGUUGGAGGAGGAGGAGGAGGAGGAGGAAGGGGUAAGUGCUCAUAGUGAUAUGAAUACACCUUCCGUGGACCGUUCUUCCGAUCAAGCUUCUGACCUCUCCACAAGCUUUUCUGAUGUCAGGAACUUACCAAGUUCCAUGUUUGUGUCUUCUGACGAUGCGUCCCGUUCUCCAGCUAGUGGAGAGGGAAAAUCUGGUGAAACUGUAGGGUCUGGGGACGAAAAAGACUUAGCUGAGUUUCCUCUGAAAAGGCUGAGUAAUGAACACGAACCUGAACAAAGAAAGAGGAUAAAAAGGAGGAACCAAGCCAUCUACGCCGCAGCGGACGAAGACGAGGCUGAUGAUGAAUAAGACAAGGACUUGGCUUUGUGAUAAAUAUAGGCGCGUGAUUUCAAGACCCUAUUUUUAGGGCAGAAUUUCUGAUUUAUUGCUGGACUUUGUAAUAAUGAAAUGAUGGAAUUUUGGUUAAAAGCUCUAUAUUUAGGUGUAUGUUUAUAUGAUUCAAAUAUAGACAUUAAAAUUUUAUAUGAAAUUUGAUUGAUGACCAUUUUUAAGAUAUUCACUUUUAUAGUUUUUAGCACUUACUACACAUGAAUUUUGAGAAACACUGUUCUCUAAGAUGGGACUAUGAAGAUUUUGUAAAUACAUUAAAUGACUCUUAAUUGCUGAAAUUA